AUGGCUUUAUUUGUACAUUGGAUCACGAUAAUCUUAUCUUUCCAAAAAAUAUUUGGAGUGGAAAACUGUUUAAAAUCCGUAACAUCGUCGGUAUGUUGCGCAGACUACUAUGUAGAAAACGGAAACUGCGUUCCUUGUCCGAUUGGACUGUUUGGACCAAACUGUACUCACACAUGCCCAUACCCAUCGUAUGGUCAUCGGUGUUUAGAGGGUAUUUGUCAAUGUCCUCAGGAACUGUGUGAUUCAAAGACUGGCUGCAGAAAUCCAUCAAAAGACAAACAGAUAUCAUCCACCCAUUUGACCUCAAUUACAACAAGAAGUGUUCCACUGUCAAACCACAGGGCUGUUCUUGGAAAUUUAAGCACUAGUACUAGUCCGAAGGAGAUAAAUGUAAAAAAGUCUGAAGAUAAUAAAAUCGGUUCUGACGACAACAAAGCCGGUUCUGCUGCUGUGAUGACAGUCAUCUCAGUAAUAGGUGUCCUCAUCGUCUGCUUGCUUAUUGUAGUAAUAGUAUUCCAAAUCAAAGGUAAGAUAAAAAUGCGGAUUAAAAAACCAACAAACCGAGGACCCCAUGUAACAAGCCAACGACAUGUUGAUACUUACUGUGAAAUUGACGAAGGUGAGGUGACGGAGGACAAAAGUAAAACACUGAAUGAAUUUGAAAUUUACGAACUUAUCGAUCAAUCAAAGAAAGAUGGAACAAAGUAUACACCACUACCACCAAGACCAGGUUUAUCGAAAGAGGAAAGAGCGGUGAUGUCCACUGUUUCAAUGCAGAAGAUACUGGAGGAUGACGAUAAUAAUGAUGAUGAUGAUACAAAAGUACAAAUGAGGAAAGAAAAAAUCAAUAUUCAAAACCCACCCAAGAGAAUGGGAAAAACCUCGGCCCAAGUCAGCGGAUAUAUUGAUAUGAACAAAGAGAGAGAAGAGGAGGAUUAUGUUCCCAUGGCAGCAGAAAAAUCUGAAAAUAACACAACUUCUACCAAAGACAUUGUAUAAUACUAUCUGGUUACACCUGGAUUGGGCUUACGUAAAAACAUUUUUUAAAUCAAAAAUAAUUUUUGUUUUUGUUUUCUUGCAGAGAGAAAUGGACACAUGAAUUGUUUAUAAUUUUUUUGUAAUUAACAUAUAUCGAUUCCUGUGCAUUUAUUUGAUUUCGUGUAAAUGGGGGACUGGGGUAAAAAAAGUUAUAAAUAAAACCAUAUAUAUUUAUUUUAAAAUAUCGA